GGGCCCUUGCCAGGGCUGCUCCGGGCGCUGCUCGGCCUCUGGGUUGCCCUGGGCCUGGGGCUCAUCGGCCUCUCAGCGGUCGCGCAGGAGCCUCUCUGGGCGGACCUGCAGCCCCGCGUGGCGCUCGUGGAGCGCGGGGGAUCGCUGUGGCUGAAUUGCAGCACCAACUGCCCGCGGCCCGAGCGCGGAGGCCUGGAGACCUCGCUGCGCCGGAAUGGGACCCAGAGGGGUUUGCGCUGGCUGGCGCGGCAGCUGGUGGACAUCCGAGAGCCAGAGACCCAGCCUGUCUGCUUCUUCCGCUGCGCCCGGCGCACACUGCAGGCUCGUGGGCUCAUUCGUACUUUUCAGCGGCCUGAUCGUGUAGAGCUGAUGCCCCUGCCUGCCUGGCAGCCUGUCGGCGAGAACUUCACCCUGAGCUGUAGGGUCCCUGGCGCUGGGCCCCGUGGGAGCCUCACAGUGACCCUGCUGCGGGGCGCCCGGGAGCUGGUCCGCCGCGCGGAGCUGGACCUGCGGCCCCACGGCCUGGGGUUGUUUGAAAACCGUUCGGCCCCCAGAAUGCUCCGAACCUUCGCACUGUCUCCGGAGCCCCCGCGCCUCGCUGCCCCCCGGCUCUUGGAAGUGGGCUCGGAAAGCCCCGUGAGCUGCUCCCUGGACGGGCUGUUUCCAGCCUCGGAAGCCCGGGUCUACCUGGCGCUGGGGGCCCAGAGGCUGCAUCCGGACAUCACCCUCGAGGGGGACGCGCUCAGGGCCGCUGCCACAGCCACGGCGAGCGCAGAGCAGGAGGGCGCCUGGCAGCUGGGCUGCAGCGUGACCCUGGGGCGCGAGAGCCGCGAGACCUGGGAGAACGUGACCGUCUACAGCUUCCCCGCGCCCCUCCUGACCCUGAGCGCGCCCAGCGUCCCCGAGGGGGAGACGGUGACAGUGACCUGCGCUCCUGGGGCCCGAGCUCUGGUCACUCUGGACGGAGUUCCGGCCGCAGCCCCGGGACAGCCCGUCCAGCUCCAGCUAAACGCCACUGCGAACGAUGACAGACGCAGCUUCUUCUGCGACGCCACCCUCGAGGUGGACGGGGAGGUCCUGAGCAAGAAAGAGAGCACCGAACUGCGAGUCCUAUACGCUCCCCGGCUGGACGAUUCGGACUGUCCCCGGAGCUGGACGUGGCCCGAGGGCCCAGAGCAGACGCUGCGCUCUCGCGCACUGGCCGGCACUUACCGGUGCACCGCGGCCAAUGUCCAGGGCGAGGCGGUCAAGGACGUGACGCUGACAGUGGAGUACGCGCCAGCGCUGGACAGUGUGAGCUGCCCAGAGCGUAUUACAUGGCUGGAAGGAACAGAGGCCUCGCUGAGCUGUGUGGCACAGGGGGUGCCGCCACCCACCGUGAGCUGUGUGCGCUCUGGGGCGGCGGAGGCCAUCGAGGGCUUGCUGCACGUGGCCCGGGAGCACGCAGGCACCUACCGCUGUGAAGCCACCAAUUCUCGAGGCUCUGCGGCCAAAACUGUGGCCAUCACGGUGGAAUAUGGCCCCAGUUUUGAGGAGCUGAGCUGCCCCAGCAAUUGGACGUGGGUGGAAGGAUCUGGACGGCUGUUUUCUUGUGAGGUUGAUGGGAAGCCGCAGCCACGGGUGGAGUGCGUUGGCUCCAGGGGCACCACCGAGAGGGUGCUGCUGCCGCUGGCACCCCCAGACCCUAGUCCCAGAGCUCCCAGCAUCCCUAGUGAACCUGCCUCUGGUAUCUACACCUGCAAUGCCACCAACCAGCACGGCUCCAUGGUCAAGAUGGUGGCCGUGAGCGUGGAGUCGCCUCCGAAAAUGGAUGAGUCCACCUGCCCGAGUCACCAGACGUGGCUGGAAGGGGCCGAGGCUGUCGGGCCAGCCUGCGCUGCCCUGGGUCGCCCCUCCCCACAAGUGAGCUGCUCCCGGGAGGGUGGCCCCUGGCCUCAGCGGAUACACGUGUCCCGACAGGAUGCGGGCACCUACCUCUGCUUAGCCACCAAUGCGCACGGCACUGACACCCGGACCAUCACCGUGGGCGUGGAAUACCGACCAGUGGUGGCCGAGCUGGCCGCCUCGCCUCCAGGAGGUGUGCGGCCAGGUGGGAACUUCACGUUGACCUGCCGCGCGGAGGCCUGGCCCCCCGCCCAGAUCAGCUGGCGCGCCCCCCCGGGGGCGCUCAACAUCGGCCUGUCCAGCAACAACAGCACACUGAGCGUGGCAGGCGCCCUGGGUAGCCACGGAGGAGAGUACGAGUGCGCGGCCACCAAUGCGCACGGGCGCCACGCGCGGCGCAUCACCGUGCGUGUUACUGGUCCGUGGCUGUGGGUCGCCGUGGGCGGUGCCCUGGGGGGCGCAGCGCUGCUGGCCGCAGGGGCUGGCCUGGCCUUCUACGUGCAGUCCACCGCCUGCAAGAAGGGCGAGUAUAACGUGCAGGAGGCCGAGAGCUCGGGCGAGGCUGUCUGUCUCAACGGUGCGGGUGGUGGCACAGGUGGAAAUGACAGCGCCCAAGGUGGAACGGAACCUGAUGGUACCGCAGAGACGCCUGCGGGGGGCGAGGUCUUCUCCAUCCAGCUGACAUCAGCGUGAGCCCACUACCCUCUCCCCGCAGGCCGGGGGAUGCCCCCCAGACACAUACGGGGGCUUAUUUAUUGUUCUAUUUAUUCAUUUAUUUAUGUAUUCAACUCCAGGAUGUCACCCCCAUUUUCUAACCCUCCCAAUAAAGUUUUUAUAAAGGACUCUG